CUGCUCUCUCAGCUCAUUCCUCCCUUGCGUAAACGCCCAUUCCGCCAUCCACUCAGCCCGCAGCAAACGAAGCCCUGGCCCCUUCCCUCCGCCGCCACCGUCGAUCGGACGUCUUUUAGUUGCCUCUCCUCUGAUCUGCACUACUCCGUCACCUCGCUCCUCUCAUUAGCGCCGCCUCUCCUCUGAUUGGCGCUGCUCCGUCGCCUCUCUCCUUUGAUUCGCGAGGCGCCAUCGCCUCUGCUCUGAUUCGCAUCACGCCGGCUCUCUUGCCUCUGAUUCGCACUGCGUCGUUGCCUCUCCUCUGAUUUAGAUCUCGCCGUCACCUCUCCCCUCUGAUUCGAGUUGCUCGUUGUGGGUUCUCUGAUUCCUUCACGUCUGCUGGCUCUGAGGCUACUUCGAUGCGAUUAUCUUCCCAGUCAAAUGAUAACCCCUCUCCUUUUGUAAGGACUAGAGAUCCAUUUUUCUUGGCCGACGCUCGACAGAACAAGCAUUCUACACUCAGUUGAGUUCGCCGUCUGCUGUUGUCAGAACUGUGUGGUUGUUCUCAGGGUUUUGACUUAAUCUGCUGUGCAUCCCUACUGAUAGAAAAUGCAAUUCUUUGGGGGAUCAGAGAUCAGUCCAUCUCCACCUGCUCGUACAGGAGCAGGAAACAAUGCCCAUAUGAUGUAUAUUUUCAACAGAAAUGGGGCAUGCUUGCUAUACAGGGAGUGGAAUCGUCCUCUUUGGACGUUGAAUGCUCAACAAGACCACAAAUUAAUGUUUGGUCUACUCUUCUCCCUUAAGUCGCUAACUGCCAAGAUGGAUCCUACCAGUUCCUCUCCUCUCCUCUCCUCUCAUCUCUCCAAGUUGCUGCAACAGGCACAUGUGACACCUUUUAGGGGCCAUGGUGGCUUCUUAAAAACUGUCAAGCAUUUACCAGGUAUGGUUUACUGGCCUAAACUGAAAUAUGAUGUAAAAGCUUUGGUUCAACAAUGCUUUACUUGCCAAAAGAACAAAUAUCAAACUCAAUCGCUAGCAGGUUUGCUGCAACCUUUAUCGGUUCCUGAACAAAUUUGGGAGGAUAACUCUCUUGAUUUUAUUGUUGGGUUGCCCAAAUCUGAUGGUUAUGAUGCUAUUUUGGUGGUAGUUCAUAGGUUGAGUAAAUAUUGUCAUUUCAUUCCCCUUUCACAUCCCUAUACUGCAAAAUCUGUGGCUGCUUGUUUUUGUGAGGAAAUUGUUUGGUUGCAUGGCAUGCCUUGUUUUGUUCUAUCAAAUUGAGGCUCGCUUUUCUCGAGUUCUUUUUGGUAGGAGUUAUUCAAGCUAAGUCAAACUUGCCUUCGGAUGAGUAUUGCAUACCACCCUCAAACCGAUGGUCAGACUGAAGUGGUAAACUAUUGCCUUGAGAUGUAUCUAUGGUGUUUUGCACAUGAGCAGCCACAUUCUUGGAGUAAGUUCUUAUGUUGGGCUGGAUUCUCAUUCAACACUAGUAUCCAUAUUUCUGCCAACACUACCCCUUUCAAAGUGGUAUAUGGUAUCCUUUCAUUAUGGGUGAAACUCACGUUGCUGAGCUUGCUGACCAACUGGAAACUAGAGAUCAUAUGCUGCAACUAGAGAUCAAUAUAGGCGUGAGCUUUCUUUUGAGGUGGGGGAUGCAGUUUUCUUGAGGAUACAGCCUUUCAGGCAGCAUUGUUGUCCCAUAAGAAGUAUGACAAGCUGUCACCUCGUUUCUUUAGACCUUACACCAUAUUUGCAAGAUUGGAUCAGUGGCCUAUGAAUUGCAGCUACCUUCAACAACUAAAAUUCAUCUGGUCUUUCAUGUCUCAUUAUUGUGACCAGCCCACGGGAUGCCCUCUCUUGAUCCUCUAGCAGAUUUGCCAUUGUCAGCUGAUUUUGAGCUUGUUUUGGAGACUGAAACUGUUCUAUCUCACCGCUCGAAGGGACCCCAAAUGGAGCUGUUAAUCAAAUGGUGGUCUAGAUCUGAAGAAGAAUCAAGUUGGGAAGAUAUGAUUUGUUUGCACAGCAAUUUUCCAAUUUGUGCCUUGAGGACAAGUCGUCUUUUUUUUUUUUUUUUUUUUGGAGGGGGAGUAAUGAUAAGCGUCCAAGUCAGCAUAUCAGACCCAUAAUCACUUAUCAAUGCAGAAAGAGGAGGAAGAUAACAGAAACUGAUGCUGUUAUGCAGAUUAUGAGGGAUUUAUCUGAUUUAAAUUAAUUAUUUGCUGUUAUUUAAAUUAAUUGUUGUUUUGUUUUGCUGUUAGUAGCUGAAUAAUAGGACCUCAACUUUGUUAGAGAGGUACCAAUGUACUAGUCAGUUAUUCUCUGAUUUUUUGGCUAUUAUUUUGCAUUAUUUGAUUUGUUUAGUUGUAAUUUCUGAUUACAAAUAUCCUAGCUUCUAUAACAGCAGGAUAUGAUUGUGAAAUAAACCUUAUUUUCCCUUGGAGAUUCUCCUAUUUGGCUAUUAA